AUGACUACUUCACCGCCGGCUAGUCUCACAGAUGCGGUGGUUGCCGCGAUGAGGACACUCUUCCCCGAAGAGCUGGCGGAUAAGUCAUGGGAUAAUACUGGAUUACUUCUCGAACAAGCACCGCUGCCGCCCUCUUCGAGCUCUAAAAAGGUCGGCGGUACUGUUCUUCUUACUAACGACUUGACGUCCGCCGUGGUGGAUGAGGCGUUGGAAGAAGGGGCCAAGAUGAUUGUUUGUUAUCACCCCGUUAUUUUCAGACCUCUGAAAUCCCUCACAACCAAAGACCCUACGCAGACUCUUCUCUUACGCCUAGUAGCUGAAAGAAUAUCCGUCUAUUGUCCCCAUACAGCCAUGGACGCAGCGAGUGGAGGACUCAACGACUGGCUAUGCGACAUCCUGCUGGACGGCGAACACCAGGUGAAGCGUACAGUCGUUCAACCCAUUACCCGGCCUCUGCCUGAGGGGCACGAAGGCACUGGCUACGGAAGAGCUUUUGAACUACCUCAGCCUAUCACCUUACAAACCCUUCUGCGACGACUCUCUGCUGGCAUAGGCGAUCAGCGUUAUAUGAUGGUUGCACUGCCGCCAACUCUCAAGGACCUCACUCAGACGCAAGAGAUUACCAAAGUAGCCGUCUGUGCAGGUUCGGGUUCUGACGUCUUGAAGGAUACCGAUGCUCAGGUAUUGGUGACUGGUGAAAUGGCGCACCAUUACGCGCUUCGACACACUCAAUUAGGACAAAUCGUCGUCACCGUAUUCCACAGCAACUCGGAGCGAAAGUACCUCGAGACGAGAUUAAAACCCAUGUUAGAAGUCGAAUUGGAGACAACAGCGUAUGGGGACACCCGCGUGAUCGUCAGCAAGGCAGAUCGUGAUCCAUUCGAGGUUAUUGAUGUUAGGGACCUGGCCUGA